AUAGAUUGUAAACUUCGCAAAGAAAUAAAACCUUUAUCUUUAUCUUUAUCUUUUUAUCUUGGCCGUACAUGGGUAAGUUGGGGUGGAUGCAGCGUAAUUAUCAGUGGCCCUCAGACCCCAACAACAACAUUGACGUCGCUACUAAUGUGACGCAGACAGCCUGUGUGAUUGGUUGUGUUGUGAAGCACAUAAGUGUGAACCACAAGAUUAUGCCAGUUUAUGCACAAGUUCAGCCCAUUUAUAUGCAGCAACGCAUUAUGAGAUGAAUAAGCAGACUGAAGCUCAGCGGAACCUUGCUCAAGAGUGGCAACAAAUAGAUCAGUAAAUCAACCAGUUUAAAUGUAAUCUUUGAAUAUAUUUUAUUACUAAUGACUAUUGAUCACUGUGUAUUCUUUAAUUAUGACACACAUUGCAAAAGUAGCAACAAGAUUUUUUGGAUGUAACAUUGGUAGAUCAGCCUUAACAGCUAUACUAAGGACUUGGUCUGCAAGAAAGUUUAGCUUCUAAUGAAGGACACCAACAUAAAUCAGCAUUUUUCACUGUAGUGUAGCUAAUUUUUGUAGCCAAAGUUCUGGUAAGCAUGAAGGAAAUAAUGAGCAAUUAGGGAAAACUGCACCCAUGUUUCAGUUGACACAUACAUGUAAAGUACGGAACACAAAACAGUGUAAGACAGUUUCCCAACUGGCUUACAAAAAAGGUGUAGUCAAUUACCUGUGAGGGGUGUGCAAAACACCAUCUUGUGGCAGAUAAUCUUGGCUGGUUUUCAGACCUUGAUGGAGAGAAAAACAUUGAGGAUAUCUUAGCUGCAAGGAGUGAAAUGGUAAAAAGAGGCCAGGUAUUCUCAGUGGACGAUCAUGGUAGUUGGAACUGUACUCCUAGCAGUGAGAACAGUUGUAAAGAAGAUUAAGCCACAACACAGGCAGCAUGGAGGACUGUCCAAGACACACUUGAAGUAAUGGCUACACAUAAACAUGAAUCAAAAGACUCUUCAAUUGAAAAAUGAAAAGCUUAGAAAAACUUAGAAAUUACUAACUUGUUUGCACUUUAGAACACUCAGUAAUGGAAACAAAUGUGGUACUUGUUGUGCUGGUAGGCUUACCAGGUGUUGGCAAGUCAACACUUUGUAAAAAACUUUCAUUUCAUUUAAUGCAUAAAUGGGAAGGACACACAUUUCAGAGUAUUCAUGUGUGCUAUGAUAAUCUAAUUCCAUUAUCUCUCCAAGAGAAGUUUUUUAAACUGAAACAGUGUGGUGAGGAAAAUCAAACUGAUGAUGACAACUGGAAAUCUGCAAGACGUAAUGUAUAUUCAUCUGUUGAUCAGCUCAUCCAGUGCUUGAAAAUGGAGUGUCAAAAUGAUAUGGUUCUUAAUUUCUUUAAUAUAUCAAAUAAGGUUGUAGAUAAAGAGGCAUUGUAUGUAGUUUUACUGGAUGAUAAUUUUUAUUAUAGGAGUAUGAGAUAUGAAUAUUUUCAGUUAGCAAGGAAGCAUACAAUUGGAUUUUGUCAGCUGUAUAUAGAAUGCACCACAGAUACAGCUAUUCAGCAAAAUAUGCAUAGACAAGAACGUGUUCCUUCUAUGGUAAUUGAAGCCAUGGCAGCAAAAUUACAACCUCCUCUGCCAAGUGAAAACAGCUGGGAAUCUAAUACAUAUAUUCUUCAAGCUAACAAUCUUGAUAAAUCACAAGGUGUAUGGGACUUAAUCUACCAGUGCUUUACAUCACCAGUACCUCAGUUGGAUGACCAUGAGCUAGAGAAAGCAGAAGCACGUUUAAAAUGUUCCCACAGUGUUGCCCAUCAAGCAGAUAUAUAUCUGCGGUCACUUGUCAGCCAAGCAAUAAGAGCAGCACACUCAAAAGGCAAUAUGGGAUCCAAUGAAUUAUCAUCUUUGUCGCGUGAUGUAAAUGUGAGCCGUCAAUCUGUCUUGGCUGCAGUACGAAAUGGUACUUUGUGCUUCCCUCCUAAUCUAGCAGAAACUGUUAGUGAUGAAAAUAGGGAAGAAUUCCAGUCUAUUCUUGAAUUUGAAUUUAGGAAAAAACUGAAGGAGAGUUGAAGUUCUUCCAUGAUCUUGCUUUAUAUGUACUAUACAGCCUCUCCUCACUUAGUGACGUACUCGUUUACCAACGACUCAGACUUACAACGGGCACUCUGACCAGUAUGCAUACCUAAAUAAUGUAUAUUAGAGCUGAUUUCCUCUGUUCUGUUAUUACAACAUACAGUACACUCCUGUAUAAAUAUUUAAAAAUUUACUAAAAAUGUUAUAAAUGGUGCAAAGGUGACAUUAAAACAAUAUCGAAGAUGGCUGACACAAACCUACUACCAUUUUAGUAUGCACCUUGCUUAGCAACGAAUUCGUUUACCUACGUGGUCUUAGGAACAGAACUCCGUCAUUAAGUAAGGAGAGGCUGUAUUAAAAAAAUCUUCUAAGAAACCAUAUUGAUAUUGUGCUAGGUUUUUAUAUGAAUAUUUAAAGGCUGAAUACAUUUUCAGAUUGACUGCAGUACAGUAGUUAUUCAUUUACAUACCUAGCAGAGUAAAACAGUUGUAAAUUUUUUUAAUGUUAACAUGUAGACUUUGGUUUAAUAAAAUUUAAACUUGG